AUGGAUGAUAGCUUUCGCCAGCCUGCCAAGUUACAAAAACGAAAAAGCCGUGAGCGUCAGGAGCUUGCAAUGUCUGGAGGUUUGACUGGUCAACAAGCAGCCAGCUCGUCUCAACCUCUGGAGACCAAUAUGUCGUCCGCGGAGAAAGAGAAGAGAUCGAAAUGGCGGUUGUCGAACCCAUUCCACUCCAAGGAUAAGGAAAGAGAAAAGGAGAGAGAGAAAGAAAGGGAAAGGGAAAGGGAGAAUGAUGGAGCCAAAGACAAAGGCCGCCGUCAAGAGGCUUCAGAUACAAAUGCAGAUUCCGCUUACUACAGCAGCGAGCGUAGCAGUGCCAACCCGAGCUUUCAGAGCAACCCACGACCAGUCUCUGGUGAUCAGUGGCGCACACCUGCGAACAACUCACUCGCACCAUCGACAGAGAGUGCACAGCCAACUGCGCAACAAGAUACCCUUGCACCGCCGCCUGCACAUACCCUACAAACUCGGUCGAGUAGGGAAGACGUUGGUAGAGAGACAUAUCGGGACGCUGGCACGGGAAAUAUUGUCACGGUCACGACGACGACUACGACUACGACUACGACUACAACUGGCCCGGGAGGUUCAACUACCGUAGAGCAACCUCGUGGUAAGAGCACGGCGGAAUCGGGAGCAAGCGUUCAUACAUCCGGGCCAAGUCCACCGUCUCCAGCUCCACCAGUACCGGCCGAUCACCACCCCCAAGGGCCGGGACUCAUGGCCAGUACCCCAAUACCUGAGAAUGUGACACCACCGUUGCCUGUCGCUCAUGAUCCGCAUCCCAGAUUGUCUCCUCAAGUUUCCAAGGUGGAGGAAACACACUCCUCCCCACCACUACCAGCAAAAAACAACAUUCGGAACAGAAUGGAGUUGGACUCGGUCUCUCCAGCUAUUCAGAGACCUGAUCCAAUGGAAGAUACCGUCUGCCCCGUUACUCCAACCAGUCCAUCGCGCGCAAACUUUUCCUAUCCUGCCAGGACACCUCCUCCAGGAGUGCCACGACAGGUACCAGCUGGACAGCCACCGCCAGCACAACAGCAACAGCAACAAUCUCAUGUUGCUCCACCAGUCCCGCCUCUCCAAACUCGCUCGAGUAUCCCUGCCAUGCCCGCAUAUCAACAACAGCAAGCAGGUUUACCUCCGAUGGCAGAGCAGCAGCAGCGUUAUGGAGGUCUACCUCCAAGUCUCCAGUCAGGUCCUCCUCAGAGCAAUGAUCAGAAUCGCCCAGUGCCUUACAGAGCAGGCCACGACAUGCAAAAGCAAUCAACGUUAGCCAACAUCAAAGCAGCGGCCUCAGGCAUUCACGGCGCUGGCGAAACCCUCCGCGGAACCUUCAACGACACCUUUGACCGUCGAAAUCCAGCUGCACACGCAAAAAACCAAGCCGUCAUCGAAAAAGGACGUGCAGAAAUCGAAGCCUCGCGCUUGCGUCAACAACAACAACAAGCACAUGCACAGCAGCAGAGCGCUGCUGGAUGCGCAGUUGGUAGCGCAACAGUAUCUACAGCAGGUGCCCCUUCGCUGCCUGGAACUGUCAAGCAGCCUUACAGUGGCCCAGCUGUAUCCGGAUCCCAGAUUGAAGGAAGUAGCGGGGCAGGUCGGGGAGGAAAGUUGAGCAAUAUGAUGAAGAAGAUGAAGGAUGGCCCUACACGUGCUGAUGGAUCGGUGCAGGCGCAACAUUAG